AUGAAAGAUGACUUUCUGAGCCUUGAUAGAAAGCAAAUAUCAAUGCAAGCGAGGAAGCAGAUCCUAAAAGGUAGUCUGCGCGGGAUUGCUGAGCUGCACAGCCAUGACAUUGUUCAUUUAGAUAUCAAACCUGACAAUAUCAUGAUCAACUACCGCGGUACUGGCCCGGAAAUGAUUGUUGAGGAGGCUCGGACAAUCGAUCUUGAAAACGAAGCUUAUCUCCCUAAAGGGAGGUGCAUUAAAGGGAUGUUAGCCGGCAAUGAUACCUGGCGCAGUCCGGAGGGCUACUUCAAGGGCGAGCUUAACAAGCCUUCUGAGUUUCGAUUCUUCUUCUGUGUCAUUGUUGCUUUCCCCUGCCUGGUAGAGCUAGACAAUGAGGCAGUAGCCCCGGAAAACAGCCUACAGUGCUAG